UACCCUCAUUUCAAUUAUAUGAGCUGUUUAUCAUAGUACGAUGGUGUCAAAGGGAAGUGCGGUAAGCGUUCUCUAAUAUACGUACCGGUAGACUUGAAUUCGAAUAUUCGAUGAAUUCAAUCAACCACUCGUUUCAUUAUUCCAUUUUUUUUACAUUGUUAUGUUAUAAUUAAUAAAAAUGAUUACACAACAAUAGACAUUUUUUUUUGACUGAAUGGUAUUUUCUAACUGGCAAGCUUUUUACACAAGCGACAAUUAAUAUAUUUAAUUAUAUAAGAAAAAGGAAUAACCUUCAUUAUCACAUCUUAUAUUUCUACUUACACCACCAAACCAAAAGAAAGAAAUAAUAUAAGCUUUACUUCAAAGCUAAGCUCAUAUCAGUAUUCCUCCACUCAUAUCAUCAUUAUACUUGGUAGUAAUCAUCAUCUUCACGACCGUCCAAUAAUAUUAUUAUACACUCUUGUUAUCAAAAACUCCAAGUCUCCAACACAUAAAAUCUCAAAAACAAAAGAACUCAUAUCACAUUCUUAUUCCAUAUUGAUCACUUCUCCCAAUUAACAUGAAUCUCUUCAUCAUAAUUGUAUUCAUCAUCUUCUUCUUCUUUCCCAACAAUGCACUUUCUUCACACUGCAACACCCAAACUCAAACAAAAACCUUCCAAAAAUGCAUGACACUCCCAUCCCAACAAGCCUCCAUAGCCUGGACCUUCCACCGCCACAACUCAACACUUGACCUCGUCUUCUUCGGAAAUUUCAUCUCUCCCUCCGGUUGGGUAGGCUGGGGCAUCAACCCCGUAUCCUCAGAGAUGACCGGAACCCGAGCUCUCAUUGCCUUUCCCGAUCCUAAUUCCGGCCAAAUUGUCCUCCUCCCUUACGUAAUCGACCCCACUGUUAAGCUCCAGCGAACCCCACUCCUCUCUCGUCCUCUCGACAUCCACCUCAUUUCUUCCUCCGCCACACUCUACGGCGGAAAACUCGCUACCGUCCACUCCGGCGCCGCCGUCCAGAUCUUCGCCACCCUCAAACUGGCUCCUAAUCGGACAAGAAUUCAUCACGUCUGGAACCGCGGCCUCUACGUCCAGGGCUACUCCCCGACGAUUCACCCGACCAACGCCGAUGACCUGUCUUCCACGGCAACCAUCGACGUGGAAUCCGGAUCCACCGCAGGGGGGCAGCGAAACGGCGUCAUCUUAACCUUGAGAACAUUUCACGGCGUCAUUAACGGCAUCGCCUGGGGUAUCUUACUCCCGACGGGAGCCGUGACGGCGCGUUACCUGAGACACAUACAGUCAAUUGGGCCAACUUGGUUCUACGUCCACAUGGGGAUUCAGCUAUCGGGGUUCGUGCUGGGAACGGUGGGAUUUGCUGUUGGAAUACGGCUAGGCGAUCUGUCACCGGGAGUCCAGUACGGUCUUCACCGUAAGCUGGGUUUCGCGGCGUUCUUGCUGGGAGCGCUUCAGACAUUGGCUCUGCUGUUUCGGCCGAAAACAACGAACAAAUUCAGAAAGUAUUGGAAGUCAUAUCACCACUUUGUUGGGUACGCGUGCGUGGUUUUGGGAGUGAUCAACGUUUUCCAAGGGUUUGAAGUAAUGGGUCAAGGGGGCUCGUACGCUAAGCUUGGGUACUGCUUGUGUUUGGCUACGUUGAUCGGCGCUUGUAUAUCUCUUGAGGUCAAUUCUUGGGUGGUGUUUUGCAGGAAAGCUAAGGAGGACAAGUUGAGGAGGGAAGGUUUAAUUGGGUCAUCGGAUAAGGGGAGUGGCAUCCAUAAUUCACUCAAUUAAGAUUACUAGCUAUUUUCUUCCUUAAAAAAAAUACGUAUAGUUUAUUAGUCUUGCUGUUUUUAUUUUGAUUUUUUGAGGGAAAGGAAAUUAUAUAUAUAGAUAGAUAUAGGAGUUGAGAGAGCUUUCUUUGGUAUUUUUAUUUUUUGGUGUUUAUUAACAUGCAACCUGUAACUAAGGAUAUAUAAGCACAUUCCAGUGUUACCCCUUAAUAAGUUAAUCUUGCUUCAUGUGUCCCA